AUGCUCUCCCUCACCAGCGUCGUCGUGCUCAGCCUCGGGCUCCAUGCCCUCGGCCUCACCCCACCCUCAAACCUGCCCACUGUAGCCCUGGGCGCGUUCAACGCGAGCGGGAGCGCGAUCAUCAACUCGCCGGACAUCGACCAGGCCUGGAACAUGCUCCUCAACUUCUCGGACUAUGCGAACUGGAACCCCUUCGUCAGGCAGCAGACCAUCCUGAACGAGUGGCUGCUCCCCGCGGCGGACCAGACGCCGAAGGAGAACGACAAGUUCCUGAUCGUCUGCCAGAUCCCGCCGCUCGCGGCGCCGGUGAACGCGUCGACGCCGUCGAACGCGCUCAACACGCGGAUCACGUACGAGAACCUGACGGACAUCAUCCCGGCCAAGCACCAGGUCAGCUGGACGACGGACUUCGCGCCCGACUGGCUCAUCCACUCCGUCCGCUGGAGCACGGUGUUCGACGGCCUGUUCGGCGGUGCGGUCGGCCUCAUCGGGGACGACCUCAACAAGUCCUUCCAGGCGCAGGCGGAUGCGAUGAAGGCGGUCAUGGAGGGCACGUACUACAACUGA